AUGGGUAAUAUGUAACCAGAUAAAUGGGCCUUUAAUGGGUCAAAAUUAUUAUCACUCAAAGCUUCUAAUCAAACAAUGGCCCAAAUACGGGAAGAGCUCUCAGCCGUAAAUCAGUGGCUUUUCACCGACUUCGCCAUUGCUAAUCGCCGUCGAGCUUCCAUGGCUGCUGCUCCAUGGCUCUAUAUCUCUAUGAGAAGAAGCUCCACUCAGAAUCCAUUAAGAAGCUUCCUCAUUUGCUCUUCUUCAUUCAAUUCCGAUGAAUUCAUUUCCAGUCAAAGCCGCGUAAUCGGCGGGAGAGGAGAAGAGGAAGUACGAUUUUCCGGUGCUCUCUUCUCUCGUAUGAUUCAUUCUUCUACUUAUCAUCCUUACCGUCAAAUUCCAUUGCCACUCUCCUCUGUACAACUGCUUGAUGCGAGUCUUGGGUGUAGAGGUUUCUCUAGUGGUAGUUCUAAUGUUAGUGAUGGAUGUGAUGAAGAAGCUGAAUCUGAAUGCGAUAAUGAUGAAGAAACUGGGGUCAGUUGUGUUGAAUCAAGCACUAAUCCGGAAGAAGUAGAGAGAGUCUGCAAAGUGAUAGAUGAAUUGUUUGCGUUAGAUAGAAACAUGGAAGCUGUUCUUAAUGAAAUGAAACUAGAUUUAUCACAUGAUCUCAUCGUUGAGGUUUUAGAACGUUUUCGACAUGCUAGGAAGCCUGCAUUUAGAUUUUUCUGCUGGGCUGCAGAGAAACAAGGAUUUGCUCAUGAUUCAAGAACUUACAACUCCAUGAUGAGUAUUUUAGCAAAGACUAGACAGUUCGAGACGAUGGUUUCGGUUCUCGAAGAGAUGGGUACGAAAGGUCUACUGACGAUGGAGACAUUCACUAUCGCGAUGAAAGCUUUCGCUGCUGCGAAAGAGAGGAAGAAAGCUGUUGGUAUCUUUGAGUUGAUGAAGAAGUACAAGUUUAAAAUUGGUGUUGAAACCAUUAAUUGCUUGCUUGAUAGUCUUGGCAGGGCUAAGCUUGGAAAAGAAGCUCAGGUUCUGUUUGAUAAGCUGAAGGAGAGGUUUACGCCUAAUAUGAUGACUUACACUGUUCUACUCAAUGGUUGGUGCAGGGUGAGGAACUUGAUAGAAGCAGCUAGAAUCUGGAAUGAUAUGAUUGAUCAGGGCUUGAAACCUGACAUUGUAGCUCAUAACGUUAUGCUUGAAGGGUUGUUGAGGAGUAGGAAAAAAUCAGAUGCGAUCAAAUUGUUCCAUGUUAUGAAAUCCAAGGGACCUUGCCCUAAUGUCCGUAGCUAUACCAUCAUGAUCCGUGACUUCUGCAAACAGUCGAGCAUGGAAACUGCCAUUGAGUACUUUGAUGACAUGGUUGAUUCCGGGUUGCAACCUGAUGCUGCGGUUUACACGUGUCUGAUCACGGGAUUUGGGACUCAGAAGAAGCUGGAUACUGUUUACGAACUGCUCAAGGAGAUGCAAGAAAAGGGACAUCCUCCGGAUGGCAAAACGUAUAAUGCACUGAUCAAACUGAUGGCGAACCAGAAAAUGCCGGAACAUGCCACAAGGAUCUACAACAAGAUGAUCCAGAACGAAAUUGAGCCAUCGAUACACACAUUCAACAUGAUAAUGAAGUCAUACUUCAUGGCGAGAAACUAUGAGAUGGGGUGUGCAGUUUGGGACGAGAUGAUCAAGAAAGGGAUUUGUCCUGACGAUAACUCCUACACGGUUUUGAUCAGAGGGCUUAUAGGUGAAGGGAAGUCCAGAGAGGCAUGCAGAUACUUAGAGGAGAUGCUUGACAAAGGAAUGAAAACCCCUUUGAUUGAUUAUAACAAGUUUGCAGCUGAUUUCCACAAAGGGGGACAACCGGAGAUAUUUGAGGAAUUGGCACAGAGAGCUAAGUUCUCCGGUAAGUUUUCUGCAGCAGAGAUCUUUGCGAGAUGGGCUCAGAUGACUAGAAGGAGAUGCAAACAGAGAUUCAUGGAAGAUUGAUAACUUGGGGGCGGGUAACUGGAUCAUUCAACUCACUCACUCGGAGAAAGCUUAUCUGCAAAUGGUUGGUUUUCGAGCCACAACUCUUACUUGAAUCAAGAACAUGACUUCACUAGCACAGCUUGGACUGAACUGAUCACAUUGGAAUCUGUCAGAUAGCUUUUUUUGUAAUUUGCUUCUAUAAGACUAUAACAAGAAAAUAUUAAUUAACAG